AUGCGGGUGAGUUCCAAUUGCAAUACGGCGAUUGGAUGGUUGGUUGGUGCAAACUUUGGUUAUGCGCAGGCUGUGGUGAAUAACUUGGAAGAUGCGCAUGAAUUGAUCGAUACUUCUAUAUCAACUGCUUUGAAAGAAAGCAAGCCUGUUUAUAUCAACAUCAGUUGUAAUUUGCCUGCUAUUCCACAUCCUACUUUUAGCCGUCAACCAGUUCCAUUUUCACUUCCCCCCGGAUUGAGUAAUCAAAUGGGGUUAGAGGCUGCAGUUGAUGCAGCAGCAGAGUUCUUGAACAAGACAGUAAAACCAGUGUUGGUUGGUGGACCAAAACUGCGAGUGGCCAAGGCAUGUGAUGCCUUUCUGGAGCUUUCUGAUGCUUGUGGUUACCCCCUUGCGGUGAUGCCAUCGGCAAAAGGGCUAGUACCAGAAGACCACCCUCAUUUUAUUGGAACUUAUUGGGGUGCAGUGAGCACAGCUUUUUGCGCUGAAAUUGUGGAAUCUGCCGAUGCUUAUUUGUUCGCUGGACCCAUAUUUAAUGACCUUAGCUGUGUUGGGUACUCUCUUCUUCUGAAGGGAGAGAAGGCGAUUAUUGUCCAGCCUGAUCGCGUGAUUAUUGGGAAUGGACCUUCAUUUGGAUGUGUUUUGAUGAAAGACUUCCUAAAAGCACUUUCAAAGCGGCUCCAGCGCAAUACUACAGCUUAUGACAAUUACCACAGGAUUUAUGUUCCUGAGGGGCAACCUCUGAAGUGUGAACCCAAAGCGGCAUUGAGGGUGAAUAUUGCAUUCCAACAUAUACAAAAGAUGCUGUCUAGUGAAACUGCUGUGAUUACUGACGCAGGAGACUCUUGGUUUGACUGCCAGAAACUUAAAUUGCCAAAGGGAUGCGGGUUUGAGUUCCAAUUGCAAUACGGGUCGAUUGGCUGGUCGGUUGGUGCAACUCUUGGUUAUGCGCAGGCUGUGCCCAAUAAGCGUGUCAUUGCUUGUAUUGGAGAUGGUAGCUUCCAGAUGACCGCACAAGAUGUAUCAACAAUGCUGCGAUGUGAGCAGAAGAGUAUCAUCUUCCUGAUUAACAAUGGUGGUUACACCAUUGAAGCUGCGAUACAUGAUGGACCUUACAAUGUGAUAAAGAACUGGAACUACACUGGGUUGGUUGAUGCAAUCCACAACGGCGAGGGCAAGUGCUGGACUGCCAAGGUUCACUGUGAGAAGGAGCUAAUAGAAGCAAUCGAGGAAGCUACUGGAGGCAAGAAGGAUUGCCUCUGCUUCAUUGAGGUAAUUGUUCACAAGGAUGACACUAGUAAAGAGCUCCUGGAAUUGGGCUCCAGGCUCUCUUUUGUCAAUAGCCGCCCACCAAACCCUCGAUAUUCUUGGGCUUGAAUCCUUAAACUAGAAGUUAAUGAUGUUUUCCUUCUUCCAUUUAAAUAACAAUGGCAAGCGACGAGGACAUUUUGUGCUGAUGAUAUGUACCCGAUCCUUUUACUUGAUUUCUCUAGUUUUGUUGUGUAUGAAUACUUCAUUCU